AUGCGAACCAGUUGGAAAUCAGAGGAAGAAAUCAUGCAAAUUGAAGGAGUUCUCAAAAACGUCAAAGAACAAAUCUUGAAACAGCCCCAAACAACGGCUCAAUUCGCGCCUAAAAUCGAGCAGUACCUUGCAGAUGAAGAUAUGCGAUGUACAUUCCUGGCUGCUCGAGUUAUCCAUGAUUUAACCCGUCAGUGUCCUGGUGCAAUGGCUAUCCUCUCCGGAGAGCCUUCUUUCUGGCACAAAGUAGUCGAAGCUCUGGACAAAUGUCUAAACGAUCGUGUGGCGAAGGAGAUGGCAAGAACGAUUUACAAUUUGACUUCAAAAGACGGCCAGGAAGGCAAAACAUGGUGUAGGAUGUUUGGCGUGCAGACUGACGGGCUCCGAGUGCUCAUCAAAAUGCUGAACGCCACGGUCGACCACGUGGUCUUCUGUAGCAUCACUUCCAUUCACAAUAUCCUCGUUAAACUCGAAAUCAAAGAUGAAGAAGGCAAUCCAACUUCUAACGCUCCGAUCUUUUCGAAAUUCCGCGAUAUACAAGGACCAGCUGUUGUUGCAAGGAAAGUUUCGGAAAAGAUUCUUCAAACCAGAGCUCAGAACGAAAACCGUUCCCAAAUUGAUCAAAAAAUGAUUCAAUCGAUGGCGAAGUUCGUCAUUAUAUGUGUUGACAUUUUGCGUUGUGUUUCUUUUCGAAAUGACGCUACAAAGAAAGCUUUACUCCACGAACACGUGCCCGAGAUGCUGGUGGAACUGCUUUAUCGUCCUGUGGCCUUACCUUCCAACGGAAAGUUGGGUCUUUACAUCACGAGGCUUCUCAAGGUCCUGUCUGUUUGUAAACUAAACAAGCCGAAAAUCGUCGAAUGCGGCGGAAUAACGGCGAUCGGUUUUGUCAUAACAAAUUGCAUGGGCGACCCGGCUGUCAUGAAAAAAGUGCUGCUUCAUGCACUUCUGACGCUGCGCAAUCUCUCCGACGAGGCAAACCGCCAGCCGAAGCAAGCCGAUAAUAACAGUAUUCUUGACGCGAUGACGAAAAUUAUUGCAUCGAACGUAGAUGAGGGAAUCAAAACAAUGGCCGUAGGGAUCUUGUAUAAUCUCGUUUGCAACAAUUGUGUCAAUAAAGCUUAUCUCGUCAACAAUACGAAUUCGAUAGACCUGUUGCUCCAUAUAAUUGGGUCGGCGAAGGAUACACGAGGGAAAAGUACAGAUUUGCUCGAGUUAGCCACCUCUACUUUGAAAAUUCUAACGAAUGACAUGACGAAGACUCCGCAAGAUCCUGCGAAACGGGCUCAGGCUCAAAUUCGAUCUUCAAAGGAGCGCUUCCAUGUUAUAUACUAUUUAUUUUGCGAGAAAACUCCGUAUUUCGACAACGAAAAAUCAUCAACGAUAUCCUCGUGCUCCUCACUAAUUUAUUCGAAGGAGGCUUCUUCAAUGAUCAAAAUAUCUUACCCAAGCUCGAAGCAAUCAUGA